ACCUCGUUAACAAUAUAGAACUGUUCAAGUACGUACCAAAUCAGUUGUAUUCUUUUACUUACUGGCUUAGUAAUUGCAAAUAUUUCACGCUUAAUUGACAGUCUGAAUCAAUUCUGCUUUUCUUUUGUUUGGGAUCAGUGCAAAACAAAGCUGUUAAUCACCGAUUGUGUCACUGCAUGAGAAGGAAAGAAAAGAUACUGUAAGAAGAGGUCAAUUUUCUCUCGCUCUCUUGCUUUCAAGGCUGUUUGUGUACAUUUUCGUCGUGAUGAAUAUUUGAGUAGGCGCAGUUUAAACCAAAUAUUUAAGAAAGGGAAUGUGGCUCAUUCGACACGUGAAAGAGAGUCUUUUUGAUGGAUGUUACUUUCAUUAAUGCAAGACUUCGCGUUAGCUCUCUGUGAAAAGCUUCAUUUCCUACCAGAUUGACGUACAAGCUUUUAAUCGUCUUCAUUUCCUUAACAAAGACUUCAGGAAGGAGCGGCUUGAGAUCACAGAUACAUUUCAGCUGUCCUCAAACACAGAUCUUUAAAAAACCAAACAAGGAAAAACCACGGAUCGAGAAUUUAAGAAUUUUUACGACCAGAAUUCGUUAGUGGACGGUGAAAAGGCAGGGGAUGAAUAACCCUGCGAGACAUAUACGUAGCAACAUGGCCACCGAUCGAAAUACACGAGGUAAAAAUGCAUUGGAGUUUGGGAAAGCUACGAUGUAUGUGAUUUCUGAGGGAGGUCUACAAACAGAAUCUUCUAUCCCCACCAAAGCCACCGAGGACCAAAUAUUUUUGGACAAGGCUGUUUUUUCUGGAAAGAAAGUGAACUUUUCUCACACGAGAUCACUCGAUUUCAGUUGGAAAGAAGUUGCUAAGUCUUCCAAGCAAGACAAAGAACUACGAAUUUUGAAUAUGAAUGAGCUUGCCGUCAAUGAUAAGAUAAAAACAGUUGGUUUCCCUGAGAAAACUCGAUAUUUCGCAGGUACUGAAAGCUUUGGGGAGAAUCCAAAUCGAACGAAGUUGUGUUGUUAUGCGUCAAAAGUUAAUAUGAAAAAACAGUAUAUACACGAAGAAAAUUUAUUCAUCACUCGCUUGAGCAAAAUCUGUGAUGAUUCUGUAGAUACUUUUGAGAAAAGUACUGCAGAAAAAAAGCCUAAACGACAGAAAAUAAGCAAAGCCCAAAACAGGAAAGGGGAGAGAGUUUUUGAGAAAAACGAGCCUCCUUGCAGUCAUGAUGUGGAUUCACUGAAGACCGAACAGACAUUCGAACCCUUUGAGGAUGUGAAGACUACUGGUUCCUCUCAACUGGAAAAUGAUUCUGAAAACUCUAGCCCAUUUUAUAAAGAUUGCACUUUCCAAGAUGAAAAGCUGGAUAAACCUGGCAAAUGCUAUCUGAAAAGAAUAUUUUAUUCCAAAGGACACCUUCAAUAUUCGAAACCUAGCAACAUCAGGUGCUUACCACAAAUAGCGCGGAAGUCGGAAAAUUGUGAAUCUGCGAAAAAUUCACAGAAAGUCGACAGGAAUAGCAGCUCAAGCGGAGAAGUGGUUGAGGAGAAUAACAUUUACAAGCGUGGAAAUAAUAAACUCUUUCCUUUGAAUAUCAAUGUUAAAACCAGCGAGGCACAAAAGCAUAAUUUAAAGUCCAUGGUUAAGCUUCCGACAGUUGUAGACAAAACAACUGGAGAGGUUCACCUGUCCCUAGAAGCAAUUGCUUUCGAACAGAGUGACUAUAAUAAAUGGUCGCGGAGGCGACAGCAAACAAAACUAGAAAAUACGAAAAUGACAUCUUUUUCUUUCCCUUUGAUUGCCAAAAAAUAGUCGUUAAAGUGAACACUUUGUCGGUCCUAAGCGAGCUAAAUUGAUAGUUAUUAUAUUUUUCUUAUGAUAGCAACAAAGUAUAUAACAAUAUAAAAAAACAACUUUGUUUCGAAUUUGCAUGGCACAAAGGUCUAAUUUUGGCCAAAACAGAUGUCAUUAGAAGUUAAAGAUGAAUUUGCAUAAGUGGUCGAUAAAUGUUUUCUGCAGAGGAAUAAUAUUACCGUAAUUGUUUACGCUGCGUAGGUCAGAAAAAUACACUAAUAAUUUCAAUGAGUUGUAUAUUUGUUUCACCUUUGCUGUUUUUACGAUUCUAGUCGAUUUUAGGCUACCUGAUUUCUUUUAACGGCUUAGCACGGCUGAGAAGAGUUUCAUUUCAGAGCGCUUUGUCUUAGUAACUUCGUAGGUGUGCAACUCGAACUAGGAGCCCGAGUAUUUAAUGCCGUCCGACAAAUUUACACAGGAUAAUAAACAACUAGUCAUCACUU